GCGCUUUUAUUUUGAAAAACCAUGACACGGCGGAAGUAAACAAUAAUCACGUUACAACCCGGAAGUGCUGUCUUUGGGUGAUUAACGUGUGAAAAGAGCAGAAUGAUCCGUUUCUCCAGUGAAGACGCGUUAAUGGAGAAUCUGCUCGCCCCGUCAGGCCUCUGCUAGUCUCCCCCGUGUGUGAAGCUCCGGAGCCAGAGGCGGUCCAGUGUGAGCAGCGACGCCCCGAUGCCCGCGUCCCCGACGGAGACAAACCAGCUCUCUGUGUUUACACCCCGGUGGAGAGCGGCCGUGUCCCCGCAGUGUGUCGUUAGCUAACCGAGCGGCCGCGACUCUUCUCCAGGCGAGGACGGAAAAAAAACAACAUGGCUGAACUGCACGUCGUGGAACCGAGCGGAACUGGCACCAUAGGGCAGCCCGAGCACCGCGGCUCCGUGCGCCUGGCUUCGCCCACUCUCAUGGUUCCUCAGCGGGGCAGCCAGCUCAGCCCCGGCCCGGUGUCCAGCGGCGGCGGCAGCGGAGGAGGAGGAGGAGGACGGUCGGUGUUUGGGUUCCCGGGGAAGAGCAACCCCGUCUCCCCGUCCGAGCCGGCGGACAAGCCGGGAUCACGAUGGGUCCGGCUCAACGUCGGUGGGACUUACUUCAUCACGACCAAACAGACGCUGUGCAGGGACCCGAAGUCCUUCCUGUUCCGUCUGUGUCAGGAGGACCCAGACCUGGACUCGGACAAAGACGACACAGGAGCCUACCUGAUCGACAGGGACCCCACAUACUUUGGUCCCAUCCUGAAUUACCUUCGACACGGAAAACUGAUCAUGGAUAAAAACUUGGCAGAGGAAGGAGUUCUGGAGGAAGCAGAGUUCUACAACAUCGCGUCACUGGUGAGGCUCGUUAAAGAGAGGAUACGGGACAACGAGAACCGGACAUCUCAGGGUCCCGUGAAGCAUGUGUACCGAGUACUACAGUGCCAAGAGGAGGAACUCACACAGAUGGUCUCAACCAUGUCGGACGGUUGGAAGUUUGAGCAGCUCAUAAGUAUCGGCUCCUCAUAUAACUACGGCAACGAGGACCAAGCAGAGUUUCUAUGUGUAGUUUCCCGGGAACUCAACAACUCCACCAACGGCAUCGUCAUCGAGCCCACCGAGAAGGCCAAGAUCCUGCAGGAGCGAGGCUCGCGGAUGUGAAGAGAGAAAGAAUACUUUAUCAACAAAAACAAACAUAAACCUUUUCUCCAUGAGUUAACCCCCCCACCCACCACCACCACCUCCUUUCUGCCAUCACUAACAUCCCCCUCCACCCACCCCCACCCUCCUCUGGUGUGCCUUUCCACAGCGGGGGCCCCUGACGCCUGCCCUCUCCUGCAGUGCUGCAUCUCGACCCUGACCUGUCUUGUCAUUUCUUCUCCUCCAUCGCCGGCCGUGGAGCCCGUGAGGAGGAGUCUAAACGAGAUUUCAUGUGAGCAGUUGUCCUCAUAGCAGCUUUUUGAUGGUCAGUGUCGCGGCGGCGCAGGCUAAGGUGCUGAAUGUAGCCUCUUGUUGUUGUGAGUGGAUGGAGGCCCAGCACAGAGCUACUACUCAUCAUCAUCUUCAUCGAUACUCGCAUCCACAUCAUCACCGUCGAGACAGGAAGCUCGCUCGCUCUGAUACAUUUGGCUCCGUCGACUACGCAGAAACCUCCUCAGGACUCUCAAAGGACAUAAAGGAAUGAACACAACUCCACUGACUGAGCCUCCCUCUUACCCUGAAUCUGUUAACGGAGCAGAAAUCGACCCGCCCGCUGUCUCCCAGACUCCUCGGCUGACGUCCGAGGCGAAUCACGGCACAACAAACCGAGCCAGGUGGUCCAGAGGUGCAGGACAAGACAGAGCCGUUGCAGGCAGCACGACGCGGAGUCCGAUCGCUCUGUUUGCCCGGUGCAGCAUUUCCUCUACAUUGUCGAGUCUUUGGAAACAGCUGAGACGAGUGACAGAUUUUCAUCUUUCAGGUGCCCUGUCUUGAAUCGAGUCACAGCACCUUGCUCCUCCUGUUUCCUGUCUUUAGGCUCGAUUUGAUCUUUUCCCACGGGGAGUAAAGUUUGGGAAAUUUUAGCGCAAAGCAAAAACGAAGACUCAAAAAGACUUCACCUGUGUACAAUCUGUCAAGGCAUGUGAGGAAUCUAUAUAAAUCUAUAUAGGCUACAUGAUGAAAUUAUAUGAAAAAUUGAAUGCAAAUGGUGUAAUUAUUGGUUUCUGUAUCAUAGUUGUUACAUAUUUACAUAUUCUGGUGGGUGAGUUUAUCUAAACGGUGGAGAAAAUAUCUGUUUCCCUGGAGGUUUCGCAGCCGCUCACAUGUGUGUGAGCACGUGUAUGCAGUGCCUCUCUGCUUUCUGUCCACGACUGAAAUAUCACACGUUUUUCUGCUGCACGUUUUCUGUAGUGUUCCUCAAAAAACAAUUGUCACCACGUUCUCUCUUAAAUAUCCUAAGUUGAUCUCUUGCAUAUCUUAAAAUUGUAAUUAGGGACAAGGAAAACUACUUCCUGUUGCUGCCAUUUGUCCUGACAAGCGCGGCGUGGCAGGGAAUCGGACAGUGGCCAGUCAUGCUGCCUCAAAACCCUGAGGCACCCGACUCUCCCCGGCCCGUAGCUCACGCUCAUAUUCAGUCACUUUGUAUCCGCCUCUGUUGCCGCUCCUCACCUCCGCACCCGGGCGACUGUGUUGUCUUACGUUCUGCAGCACUUGUAGCAACUGUGGCGAAAGCUGAAUUGUUUGUGCUUACGGCCCCGAGAUGCCUGAGUUCACUCAGUCACAGAGAUGUAUGUUCUGUCAGCGAACCUGUCAGAUUGGACGCGUUGGUCCUGGUUUCGGAGGGAAGCCUUUAUUUCAGACGUCAUGUGAUUUCUCUCUGCCAGCACGUGGGUACUAACGUGGCUAAAGAACAUUUCUCUUGAAAUACACUUUGCAUUCAUUUGCCAUGUGAUGAUGCUGCUUUUAAGACUCGUAACAACAUUGGACCAAAAUGCAAAUACAGCGCACAGCAUCCUGGUUCUAACCCUGAUUGUGAAAAUGAAUCGUUAUCAGGACGAAUAUAUACAAAUAUGUUUUCAAUUUAAAGUUCAACAGCAUUAAUGAGGUUUAUGCAAGAUUCAAAUUUAGCUUCAGAUGUGUAGUUACCAAAACUGGGCUGAAAGAAACUAGAGCUGGAGCACUGGAGACGUCUCCUUGACUUUGUUUUUCGACAAAUGAAUCUGUUGAUCAGUAAAAUAAUCACCGUGUUAGUUUGGAAUGAAGAUAAUCAGAAUCAACCAAACUAUGUCUGCACCGAAAGGUUAUUUUCGUUUUUCAAUAAUGAAUUGCUCAUUCUAUGAAAGAACAAACGAUCUCCGCCUCUCUGAAACCGAGGUGAUGUCUUCAGAUGUCUCGUUUGUCCAUCAAUGACUAAAAAUGUUAAAUUAAUAUUAAAUGUGAGUUUCCUGUUGUUACUGGUGUAAGUGCAGCCGUGUUACACGAGCAGCUCAAUGCAACGUUUGAGUCAUAUUCACACAUAUCGUGCAGACUGGACUUUUUAUCAGUGCACCUUUUCGUCUGAGGGGCGUCCAGUCCUCGUGUGGCCGACACCGAUCACUUUGAUACGCCCCCUUUUGUAUGAAGAGCAUAUUUGAUGCGGUUGUGUUAUAUCAAGCAUGGACAAGAAGAAUGCGUUUAAUGGGGAAGUGUUUUUCGUCAUGCUCUGUCAGCCCUCGGAGCUCGAACUUUGAUGUGACUUCUUCUUUCUUGUUUUAUUUUUUCACUCCCCCUCUCGAGUGUGUGUCGUGCAGUUUUCUUCUUCUUCUUCUCCGAUCAGAGUCGUGUGCAGACUGCGUGUUCUGUGGAAAAUGCCCGACCGUCUCAUCGAGGAGCACUUUUUUUUCUCCCUGGUGUUUUUCCUCUCUGGGCCUUUUGCAAAGCACCUUGGGUGUUGUUUCCCUGUGUCUGUGUCCAGUGUUGUGCCUUUGACCUGUGUUGUGCACAGUUGUUCCCCCCUCUUAUCAGAAGGUGCCUCGCAUACCUUAAAAAAGCCAGGAGGCACCUAACCCGAGGUAAAAUGUAUGAUGCGGUCUUUAGUUUGGUUUCUGUCGUUAGUGUGUCCGUGAGAGGCGAGCCAAACAAUUCAUUACCCCCUGCAUUGUUUCAAGUUUUACUCUUUAACUACGAAAUGAAAAAGGUAAACAGCUGCUUCCUUUGUGCCAAUGCGUUUGAGUUAAAUCCACACACGAUCCUGUAAACUCCCAACUCUGCUGUCAACCCUUGUGGUUGGUUUGCAGAACCUGUGGCUGGGAGGGAAGCAGGGUAGUCCAGUCAAAGAGGGUUUUCCCUCCUCUGCUUUUAUCUUAGUAAAACUCCAGCAGUGCACUUGUUAUCAGAAAUCCAUCUGACUAGAGACUCCACGUUGUUUUGGCUUCACCUUUCCCUCUGGUUGCAUGCUGAAGCCACCUCCACAGAUCCCAUUUUUAGAUGUAUGUAAUCAAACUUUUAAAGCACUUACUGUACCUGUAAACCUUUGUGAACCCAGUUUGAUCUUAGCCUUGGUUGCAUAGUUCAGUGGUUCCCAACCUUUGGGGCGAGAGGAAGAACACAUUUUGACCUAUUGUUCCUUUUUUAUUAGUCAUGCUGUCGGUCCACCUCUUUGGUCCAAACUGAAAUGUACAGGGAUUCAUGGUCUCCAUAGGUUGAACCUGGACCUGAACUAACCCCAUCACUUUUAAUAUCACUUGUUAAUCUGCAGAUGUUACAGAGCUGACGCAGCCUUUCACGGGUGGCGUUUGCUGAAAACUCUUUUCUUGUGAAUUGUCAGAUGAUUUUACUUCUUCGGGGAUAAAGUGGAACAGUGGGAAAUAAAUCACUGUUUCCUUGAACUGGUCACACCUGGUGAAUAUAUGCAACUUGUGAUGAAGCCUUUGAUUCAAAGCCUAAAAGGUUGGGUACCACUGACGUAGCUGAACUUUGCAGUGCGGUUAUCGUAACAUUUGACUCGAGCAACCGUUUUUUUUUUUUUAAACGAGAAAAGAAAUUUUGAUUAAUAGACUUUACUUUCACCUGCACUCGUCAAAAGAUAAUGUGCAGUUUUAACAAAUCAGCAAAAAAAUUAUACUUAUACAUACAUACAUAUACAUAUAUAUAUGUAUGUAUGUUGUUUGGGCACGUGAAAACAUGAGAGCAUGCGUUGUUCUAGAGAUUAUGAUGUUGUGUACUGGAUUUUGUCCGACCUCUGUGGUAGUGCAAAGUGUAUGUGAUGCAUGGGGGGAGCAGAGGGACGGCAUGGCUCUGUGGUUCGUAGGUGUAGAUUUCUUGUGUGAAACAGUUGGUCUACAACAUAUUCUCUAUUCACAUGUUCCGUUCCUUUGUCGUUUUUUGUAUCUUUGACACGUAAACAGUAGAUAAAAGAAUAGCUAGCUUCGAAGACAAAUUAACCAAUCAGAUCGCACACACCCCCUUACCCCUCCGCCUUUCCCCCCCACCCACUUCCGUUUGUAUAGCAUUUACGUGACCCGCAGGUCAACACACAGAAAGAAAGAUUUCUUUUAAUUCAUGGGUCAUUUUGCCAGUUAAUCUGUAAACACCUGCAUGCGUUUGUGGGACAUGCACACUUGUACUCUCAUUUAGACGUACUGAAAAAUGUCACCUAUUUACACUUUUGUGUUCAUUUAUCAGCAGUAUUGAUGUCAAAUGUGAAUAUCGUCAGCGGAGACUGUGGAGAAACGUUCGGAAGCUGACAAAACAUUUUGUCCGAUUGUUUAUUUCACUCUUAUUUAUUUUGUAUUUUUUGAAUUUUGUCUACCAAUGUUGUUUCUUUACAUGUAACGAUUUUGACAGAACCCGGUCUGGUUUUUAAUCAUAAAAUGUGUCUGUGUUUUAAAAUGUGGUCGUUUGUCCCUUCUGUUCAGUGUGGGGUUAAAAUGAUGAAACAAGAUGAGCAGAGUGAAGGUCUUCCAUUGAGAAGUUUAAAUAAGGAUCAAUACACUCAAAUCUCCAAAAUAAAGA